GCGAAUCGCUGGAGACAGAGAGAGAGAGAGAGAGAGGUUUUGACCUCCGUAUAUACUUCCCAGAGCAGCGCAAGGCUGCGCUAUUCGAUGUGAGUGAGGCUUUGAUCGAGCGACAGACACUCUGAAAAGCAGAGCAAUGGCACUGGUUGCAGCUGAAAGCACGAUCGGAAGCCUGCUGCGACGGUUGGUGACGCCCGGAGCAUGUUCUUCUCUUCGCAUCAGCAACCCCCGUGCGUCCGAUGUUGCAGGCGGAGAAGCUGGAGGUUUUUCUUUGCUUCUGAGGCGGUGGGCCACCAAAAAAGCAGGAGGAUCCACUCAAAAUGGCCGUGAUUCUUUGCCGAAGAAUUUGGGAGUGAAGAAGUAUGGAGGCCAGAAAGUAAUUCCUGGCAAUAUCAUUGUUCGGCAGCGAGGCACGAGGUUCCAUCCCGGUAACUUUGUGGAUAUGGGUAGAGAUCAUACGUUAUUUGCGUUGGCUGCUGGACAGGUGCGCUUUGAGAAGAACAGUCAUACCGGUCGCAAGUGGGUUCAUGUGGAUCCUGAAGGUGGUAUGCCCAUUCAUCCGGUGUAUCAAAAUAUGAAAACUGAGGCGAAGGAGACUGCAACUUUGGAGAAUAUGGCUGGAUAGAAAGUAGAGUUGCAUCUUGGUGGGUUGGACAAUUUUGGACACGACUUCGUCAUUCCCAUGAGUGGCUAGUUGUGAUGAGAGACAUUAAUUACAGUAGAAGCGGGUAGCGCAUACAUUCUUUGUACAGUUAGCUCAAAUUGUCAAAGUCAUCACCAGCAAGGUGAGUCACUUAUGGGUUUGCAAUAUCUCCCUGUUAUGGACCUUAUGAAGUUGAUGCUGACAACUAGUCAUCUCGAGGUCAGUGUGGUAAAAAUAAUACCUGUGUGUGGAAAUCCAGAUAUCCGUGUACUAAUUUGGUACUUUUUAUUCUCCAAUUCAGUCGUGUGGCAGGCUGGUGUCAUAACUGUGUGGAUGCUUGCCGAUGUCG